AUGCAACAGAAGGCCGACUCUGCCAGCCAGAGAACCGCGGGGUCCGCGGAGUCGGCCAAGGACAGCGCCCAACACAAGGCCGCCGCGGGCCAGGAGAAGGCCGCCAGUGCCGCAGAGACAGCUAAGGGCAAGGCCGACUCUGCCGCCGAGUCCGCCAAGGACAAGGCCACCCGCGCCGCGGACUCCGGCAAGGAGUCCCUCGGGCUCGGGAGCACCGCGGAUGCGGUCAGGGACAAGACCCUGAACGCUGCUCAGUCCGCCAAGGAGACGGCACAAGAGGGCGCCGACAAGACUGCCAACCUUCUUCAACAGACUGGAGAAUCGGUGAAGAACAUUGCUCAGGGGGCCGUGGAUUCCGUCAAGAACACGCUUGGAAUGGGCGAGAGGAAGUGA